AUGUAUGAGUGUGUGUGCGUGAGAGAGAGGGAGAGAGAGAGCCGGGAGGUCGAGGCGGUGGGAAUGUACUGUAGCUCUGGCUGCGAAGAGCCAAGGUUGCCCGGACAAUUUCGCAGUUUUUCCUCGCUUCCCUCUGAACCAGAACCGCUUUUCCAGACUGACAGACCCGGGUCUGAAGCGUGUGAGGGCGGCUGCGUGAAGACUGAAGACGGAGCUAAACUGGGGGGGGCUCCACUGCAGUCUUACAGUUACUCCUGUAACGAGGAUGUCCAAUGGAAAACAGGUGGUCUAUAGAGGCACUAGGUGGUGUAUAGGGCUGACACACUGACAACAAAGAAAGACGGCUGAAACACAGACACACCUCUGAUGCCUCUGGCCAGUCUGAGCUCAUGGUGUGUGCUCGCUGGGAUAAACUAGUGGCCAGGCCAAAGAGCACAGUGUUGCUACACACAAUAAAGCCCACACAGGAUGUCGUGGGCCAGAGACCUCUUCGUAGGCAGAGUGGAUGAGCGAAAGACAGCAUGGGGAGAGCGCAAUGGCAAAAAGAGGAAGGACAGCUCUUCACUGUGCAACCCACACUACAUGAGCUGCCUGAGGGACCCUGAGGACCUGGAGCUCCCUAAUGCGGCCCCUCAGCAUUACCAUUGCGGAGCGGGCACUAGUGGGGGCAGCUUCGGCUUGCGCUGUGGCUGGCAGGAGGACCACUACGGGAAGAGGAUGGGUGGCGGCGGGGAUCUGGGUCUAAAGGCUGUGGACCUGGGCUUUGAAGAUGGUGAGCUGAAGGGCAAGAAAGAGGAGGAAUUAGGGGAAUUAGCGGAGGGCAGCUGCAAGACAAUGACUGCAGCAGACUGCUGGAUGCGGGUUAUGUGGGUUUUCCAAUCCAAGAAAUUUCAGUCUGCCAAGCUGGAGCGUCUAUACCAGCGCUACUUCUUCAGGCUCAACCAGAGCUCUCUGACCAUGCUGAUGGGGGUGCUGGUUGUGGUGUGUGGGGUCAUGCUGGCCUUCCACUGCAUCCACACAAUCCCCGACGUGGCCUACGUCUCAGUACUCUCUGUGGCCAUGGCUCUCUUCCUGGCCAUGAUGGUGGUGUGCAACCGCAACGGCUUCCACCAGGACUACAUGUGGAUUGUGAGCUACCUGGUGAUCGGGGUGCUGAUUGUUGUGCAGGUUUUUGGGGUGCUGAUGAUGUACCCCCCCAGUGCCUCAGAGGGCAUCUGGUGGACGGUCUUCUUCAUCUAUAUUAUCUACACACUGCUGCCGGUCAGAAUGAGAGCUGCUGUGGUUAGUGGAGCUGUGCUGUCCACCAUACACAUAGUGACCGCCUGGCAGCUCAACCAAGAUUACAAGUUCAUUUUCAAACAGAUCAGUGCCAAUGUGCUGAUCUUCCUGUGCACUAACAUGAUUGGGAUCUGUACACACUACCCUGCUGAGGUCUCCCAAAGACAAGCCUUCCAGGAGACGAGAGGAUAUAUCCAGGCCAGACUGCACCUGCAGAGGGAAAACCAGCAGCAGGAGCGCCUACUGCUGUCAGUGCUGCCAAGGCACGUUGCCAUGGAGAUGAAGGCUGAUAUCAAUGCCAAGAAGGAAGAUAUGAUGUUCCACAAGAUCUACAUCCAAAAACACGACAAUGUUAGCAUACUGUUUGCAGACAUCGAGGGCUUCACCAGCCUGGCGUCUCAGUGCACAGCCCAGGAGCUGGUCAUGACGCUGAACGAGCUGUUUGCUCGCUUUGACAAGCUGGCCUCGGAGAACCACUGCCUGCGUAUUAAAAUUCUAGGGGACUGUUACUACUGUGUGUCAGGGCUGCCUGAGCCCCGGGCUGACCACGCCCACUGCUGUGUGGAAAUGGGAGUAGACAUGAUUGAGGCCAUCUCGCUGGUGAGAGAGGUGACGGGUGUUAAUGUGAACAUGCGGGUAGGCAUCCACAGCGGGCGCGUUCACUGCGGGGUGCUGGGCCUGCGCAAGUGGCAGUUUGAUGUGUGGUCCAACGACGUGACGCUCGCCAACCAAAUGGAGGCCGGGGGGAAGGCUGGGCGUAUCCACAUCACCAAAGCCACACUGCAGUAUCUAAACGGGGACUACGAGGUGGAGCCGGGAUUUGGAGGAGAGAGGAAUGCUUACCUGAAGGAGCACAACAUUGAAACCUUCUUGGUGCUGGGCUGCAGCCAGAAGAGGAAAGAGGAGAAAGCCAUGAUGGCCAAGAUGCAGCGAGCACGUGCAAAUUCUGCAGAGGGAUUGAUGCCACGCUGGGUGCCUGACAGAUCCUUCUCCAGAACCAAGGAGUCCAAAGUCUUUAGGCAGAUGGGCAUUGAUGAAGCAUCCAGCAAAGACAACCGCUGCGCUCAGGAGGCCCUGAACCCUGAGGAUGAGGUGGAUGAGUUUCUUGGACGGGCCAUCGACGCACGCAGCAUCGACCAGCUGAGGAAGGAUCACGUCAAGAAGUUUCUACUCACCUUUCAGACCCCCGACCUUGAGAAAAAGUACUCCAAAAAGGUUGAUGAUCGUUUUGGGGGAUAUGUGGCCUGCACGCUCCUUGUUUUCUGUUUUAUCUGUUUCAUUCAGAUUAUCAUUUUCCCAAAAACAACACUUAUGCUUGGUCUUUACAUCAGCGUCUUCAUCAUCCUCGUCAACAUCCUCUUCAUCUGUGCCAUCUACUCCUGCAACAAACUCUUCCCAGCUGCCUUGCAGACUGUAACCAAGAAAAUAGUCCAGUCUCGUGCAAACAGCACACUGGUGGGCGUCUUCACCAUCCUCCUCCUCUUCAUUUCUUCCUUUGCUAACAUGUUUACCUGCAGCAGAGAGAAACUGCAGGACUGUGUGGCCAGUGAGCUGAACAUAUCAGUGACUCUCUGCCUGCUGCACAACCUGACCAAGACAGCAGAGGACGGUUUGACUCUGUGUUCCAGCCAGGCCAUGCCCUGCCAUUUCCCCGAGUAUUUCAGCUACAGCGUACUGCUGACCCUGCUGGCCUGCUCCGUGUUCCUCCACAUCAGCAGCAUAGGGAAGCUGGCUCUGAUGCUGCUCAUCCAGCUCACUUUCCUCCUGCUGGUGGAGUGGCCUCAGGUGGCCCUGUUUGACAACGCAGACCUGCUGGUCAUUGCCAACACCCUGCAAUUAUCACCUGUUAAUGAUUCUCUACAACAGCCUGGUUUAAAUGAAACUGCAGAACAGUGCCUGGAGAGUGUGACCAAGGUAUCCUUAAAGGUCAUGACCCCUGUAAUCCUGACGGUGUUUGUUCUGGCUCUCUACUUGCAUGGCCAGCAGGUGGAGUCCACCGCACGCCUUGACUUCCUCUGGAAGCUGCAGGCCACAGAGGAGAAGGAAGAGAUGGAGGAGUUGCAGGCGUACAACCGCCGCCUGCUCCACAACAUCCUGCCCAAGGACGUAGCCGCCCACUUUCUUGCACGGGAGCGUCGGAAUGACGAGUUGUACUACCAGUCAUGUGAGUGUGUUGCUGUCAUGUUUGCCUCCAUCAGCAACUUUUCUGAGUUUUACGUGGAGCUGGAGGCUAACAACGAGGGAGUGGAGUGUCUCAGGCUGCUCAACGAGAUCAUCGCCGAUUUUGACGAGAUCAUCAGUGAGGACAGGUUCCGUCAGCUGGAGAAAAUCAAGACCAUUGGCUCCACCUACAUGGCAGCCUCUGGCCUCAAUGACUCCACCUACGACAAAGAGGGCCGUUCACACAUCCUGGCUUUGGCCGACUACGCCAUGAGGCUUAGGGAGCAGAUGAAAUACAUCAAUGAGCACUCUUUUAACAACUUCCAGAUGAAGAUAGGAUUGAACAUGGGGCCAGUGGUAGCAGGGGUGAUUGGAGCCAGGAAACCCCAGUAUGAUAUCUGGGGAAACACAGUCAAUGUGGCCAGCAGGAUGGACAGCACAGGAGUACCAGACUGCAUCCAGGUGACCACAGACCUAUACCACGUGCUGGUCAACAACGGAUACCAGCUGGACUGUAGAGGUGUUGUAAAGGUGAAGGGGAAGGGGGAGAUGACCACUUACUUCCUCACCAGCGGUCCCCCGGGCAGUUAACAACAGAGAGGCCGACCGCAGCAUGACUCCCACUGCACUGACAAGGCGGAGACUGCUGAGAGACUGAGUGGUCAGCUCAGCAAUGAGCACCGAGGCACGGUGCGGACACACUGGGGACAGGAGACGGCCAACAGAGACGAGCACGGCCUGUCUGUAUGUUGUCACAUACUCAGAAGCACACAUGUAAGACAUUGUUCAUGUCUGAAGGCUUUUUCCCAAGCUGCUCGAGAGAUCACGAAGCCCAGUUGCCUUAGAACGGAAGUGGCUAUGCUUGUGUUUAUGAGCAAUAGUACAAGUAUUUCAUCUGGAGUCGUUAUUUAUUUUCGUGUGGAUGGAUUUUUGUGAUGACGUUGUACAAUAAAGAAAAGCUCCAUAUAUAUAUAUAUAUAUAUAUAUAUAUAUAUAUAUAUAUAUAUACAAAACUAUGUUGCUUAAGAGAAAAUAUGCAAGGACAACAUGAAGGAUGAAAAUGACCAAAGAACAAAUGUUUGAUAUGAAAUACACACUAAUGAUUCUGUUCAAAAGUACAGUAACCUUAAGUAAUUUAUUAAUCUUUUGACAGCAAAGGCCACGGCAACGUCACUGUCAUUGAUAGCGACAAACACGUUUUUUGUUGUGGACUUAUUCACGGAGAACACACACACACACACACACACACACACACGCACAGAUAGAAAACACUCACAAUAACCUUGGCUUGGACUUCUGUGUUUCUUAUCAGGGCCUUCUUUGUUUCUUCCAGCCUGUGAUUAGCUACAGUCUGGACACAAUGCUGUUUGUGGUUCACUGAAAUGUAUGAUUGAUUAUUUGCUCCCUGCAAUUUAUUUUUGGUUCAAGCCAAAAACGAGAAGUAUGGAAUGAAGGAAGUUGCAUUAGUAUCACGGUACUGAAGAGAGAUUGUUAAACUGUUAUGAAACAUUUUAUAUAAGUGUGUGUGAAUACCGUAUGAAUGGGUGUUUGGGUUUGAGCACACGUAGCUGAAUGCUGAUCUUUAUCUAUAAAGGGGCAUACUGUAACUUUUCACUGUGAGGUUUUUAUGAUACUGUAUGACAAUGCUUUCUUGCCAAACUGGUUGCUGCAAGGCAUGUUUUAUAUUUUUCUUCUGAGUUGUGUGCCCAUUCCUGAUUUCUCGUGUCAAAAUGAUAAUUUGAAGAGAAUUAUGGCUACUGCGCCUUUUAGUGGACUGUGAUUUUGGCUGAUUUCAUUCCAACCUACAUAAGCAAAAGCCUACAAAACGUAUAUUUUGGAUUGUGUUACAACGUGUGAACAGGAAAUGGUCCUGAGAGCUUCAGGAUUAACUGUAUGCAGAAAUUCUCUGUCUGCUCACAAGUAUUGCCUUGAGAUUAUGCAGUUCCAAGGUCCGCAUACUUCAUGGACCAAUAUUCACAACUUUACACAACAGUAUUUGAUCCUAUCUAGUUGUAUUAGACACAUGGAGGCUUGAAACCCCCCCAAAAUUGGUAGUCUGAAACAAUAAUCAUAUGAAUGUAUGUAAUACUGAAUAUUUUUGUUCACAGUGAAACUACUACUGAAGAAAAACACUCUUUACAUUGCCUUUGGUACUGAGGAACUUAAUCAUUGUACUAGAGGCCAAAUUGAUUGGACUUCAUGUUUGCUGAAAAGUGAAGGUGUAUUUUACAUUUAGAUGAGCUUUACACCUGGUGUUCAUAUGCUCACUUUUCUGUCUGAGCCUAAACAUGCUGCCUUCAUAGGCUAUAAAAAAUAUCCUCACUUUUGCUUAUCCCUCUCUGUCCUUAAAAUGAAAGGUCAACUAAACACUCUUGUAUUUUCCUAUAGAAAGUGGCAGAGUUUAAGAAAUAGUACAAUGACUGAUUUGAUUCAUUUCCUCUUGGAUAAGAAAUUAAUAAAUGGCUGUUUUUGCAUUGA